AUGAAUAAAUUAAUUUACCAAUUUAAGACUGAACACACUUUUGCUAAACGAAAGGCUGAGUCUGAUCGUAUUCGACAGAAAUAUCCAGAUCGCAUCCCUGUCAUUUGCGAAAAGAUUGAUAAAAGUGAUAUUGCAACUCUUGAUAAAAAAAAAUAUCUCGUUCCGGGGGAUUUAACUGUGGGUCAGUUUAUGUAUGUAAUUAGAAAAAGAGUUCGGUUGAACCCAAACAAGGCUCUAUUUGUCUUCAUCGGAGGCCAUUUGUCAUCUAUAAUGGCUUUGAUGUCUUCUGUGGAUGAGCAGUUUAAAGACGAAGAUGGGUUCUUGUAUAUAAAAUAUUCUGGUGAAAACACAUUUGGUUAG